UGUGGUUACUCUCGUGAGAAGAAGAAGAAGAAGACGUAUAAAGUAGAAAAGAGUAAAAGCGUUCUUCUCUUCUUCUCGUUUCUCUACACAGCACAGACCCAUUCACGACCAAAGCGAAGGCGAUCUUCUGGAUUCUCGGUGGCCGUCGAGUCAUGGCGACGCCUAACGGAGCAAAGAGUCCGUCGAGGAUGGGCCCCAUGGUUUUGUUUUAUUCUAUAUUGCUUACGUUUCAGUACGGAGCCCAGCCUCUGAUCUCCAAACGCUGCAUCGGGAAGGAGGUUAUUGUAACUUCAUCUGUUUUGACGUGCGAGAUUGUUAAGGUCAUAUGUGCUCUGGUUCUCAUGGCAAGAGAUGGUAGUUUGAAGGGAUUAGCUAAAGAGUGGACGUUGAUGGGAUCCUUGACUGCAUCAGGACUUCCUGCAGCCAUUUAUGCACUUCAGAACAGUCUGCUGCAGAUCUCGUACCGGAGUCUUGAUUCCUUGACUUUUUCUAUUCUGAAUCAGACAAAAAUCUUCUUCACAGCAUUCUUUACGUUCAUCAUACUAAGGCAGAAACAAUCAAUUCAGCAAAUAGGAGCUUUGGGUUUAUUGAUCAUGGCUGCAGUACUUCUAAGUUUUGGUGAAGGCUCAAACAAGAGUUCAAGUGGCUUUAGUCCAGAUCAAGUGCUGUUUCAUGGAAUUAUCCCGGUCUUGGCAGCGUCUGUGCUCUCGGGUUUAGCCUCAUCUCUGUGUCAAUGGGCUUCUCAGGUGAAGAAGCAUUCAUCGUACUUAAUGACAGUCGAAAUGUCUAUUGUUGGAAGCCUCUGCUUGUUAGUAAGUACCCUUAAAUCUCCAGAUGGUGAAGCGAUUAAAAGAUUUGGCUUCUUCCAUGGUUGGACUGCUUUAACAAUGGUCCCAGUAAUAAGCAAUGCCCUCGGUGGAAUUCUCGUUGGCCUAGUUACAUCACAUGCCGGUGGCGUAAGAAAGGGAUUUGUGAUUGUGUCGGCAUUACUUGUGACCGCGCUACUUCAGUUUGCGUUUGAAGGAAAACCGCCUUCAUCGUAUUGUCUCGUGGCACUUCCUCUGGUGAUCAGUAGUAUCUCAUUGUACCAGAAAUAUCCAUACCUGGACAAGAAGAAGAAGAAGGUCUAAGAACUUUUCCCCAUCUUCUCUAUUCACAGGGCCGAUAUUCAUGGACUGGCUCGGAUUUUGGCCCAUGUGUUUGAAAUUGGGCCCAUAAUAUUUGAUCCCAUUCUCACAUUGGGGAACAACGGAAGAAUUAACUGAAACAUGUUUAUAAUGUUUCUUGGAUUGGUAACGACAAUAAUGCGAAUCUAAUCCCUACCAUAACUAAAAUUGAUUACAAAGUCAAAACACAGUAAAUAGCUUUGAAUAGUGAACAAUUGUCUUGAUAAGGAAAAAAAUGCAAAUGUUUUGAAUAAGAAUAAUUGGCGGUAUUUCGUAUAAACGCGAUUUCAUCAACGGCGAACAAAAAGAAUAAUCAUCCUUGGAAUCCAAAAAAGAAUGGCGACGAUGCCACAUUUAGCGAAAUACAAGCUUGUAUUCCUCGGCGAUCAAGCCGUCGGCAAAACCAGCAUCAUCACUUGUUUCAUGUACGGUAACUUCGACACCAAUUAUCAGGCUACAAUUGGAAUUGAUUUUUUGACCAAAUCAAUGCGGCAUGAAGAUAGGACCUUUCGUCUUCAAAUGUGGGAUACUGCUGGACAAGAGAGAUUUAAAAGUCUAAUCCCAAGUUAUAUCAGAGAUUCUUCUGUUGCUGUAAUUGUCUAUGAUGUUGCAAAUAAGCAAUCAUUUAUUAACACCUCCAAGUGGAUUGAAGAUGUUCGUGCAGAAAGAGGCAGUCAGGUUAUCAUUGUUCUUGUUGGUAACAAAACCGAUCUUGUUCACAAAAGGCAAGUUUCAAUAGAGGAAGGUGAUAGUAAAGCUCGUGAGGUUGGAGCUUUGUUCAUAGAGACUAGUGCAAAAGCUGGCUUCAACAUUAAGCCUCUGUUCUGUAAGAUUGCAUCGGCGUUACAGGGAACUGAGAAACUUACUUUGACGAAAGAAGAAGAUUUGGUGGAUGUGAACCUAAAGCCAAUAACCGGUUCUUCUCAGGCAGAGCAACAACAGGGAAACUGUUCUUGUUAAUUAUACAUUAUACAUAGCUUUUUAAAGAGUUAGGAACAUGGAAAAAUAAACAUUCAUAUGUUUUGAAAUUUUAAUGUUACAACGAAGAGCUUUUCGUGUGCAAUAUGAUAUCUCUCUGUAAAAGUCGGUUUUGAACUUGAUUUUAACUGAU